UUGAACAAAAAGGAUAAUGUUUUUAAACGUUGUACUUCUUGUCUAACAACCACUUAUACCUUCAAUUCAGCAACAUGAUUAUAUAGACUUUCCCCGUUUCACCACUACGACCUUUUACGAAUAACGAAUUGUAUCACUUUUUAACGACUCAAAUCACUUCAAAAAUUCAGCACACAAUCUUGAAUGCAUUCAGUCAUGUCACAAAUCAGAGGCACUGCUUCACCCUCCUCUAGCAAUCAUACUCUUCCGACUCAAAACCCCUACUCCUCGCCAGAAGAGCAUUGGCAGGCGAUCUUACGAUAUGAUGCACAACGUAGACAAGCAACUGAAACACAAGAGCAUCAUAUCAUUUCAGAUCAGAAUACCGUAUCGACUAUGCACAAACCCACUCGGGUGAAGAGGGUGAGCGUUGGAGACGACUUACCGCACUUUCCGGAAGAGUAUCAAAGAGUACAGGAAACACAAAAGCAAUCCAAUAAGAAAGGAAAGGCCGCCUCGCAAUCGAUACCCAAGAAAGGAGUUGCAAAAUAUUCCGAUGCGAUUGCAGACUUGAACGAUGACACAAAUGGAGACGAACAUGAGCUGACACUCGGAAGGCAAGUCACUCCACCUGCAUUCAGGGGUGAAAAUGACAUUCUGGUCAACCGUGAAUUACAGCGGUUACGUGAACAAAAGCCGAUGAAACGAAGGAUGCAUUGGCGUGUGGUAACGGGAACAAUGAUGUUACUCGUUCUAGCUUUCACUGCUUAUGUUUUCACUCAAUCAUUACGUGCUUAUCUCUCACUCUCUCCUGCCAACUGGUUCUUAUCCGAUUCACGCACUGGAACACAAGUUUCACCCGAUCCGCUGUUGCGUACGCUGGCAUUGAUCGAAACGAUUGCAUCUGCAAUCGCUCUGGCUGGUAUGUUGGCAAGUGGCUUCUAUCUGAGAAUGACUAGAAGAAGGACGUGUGGACGUCAUCUGAUUUGGUUUUUCGCUAUCUUGAGCACAACCAUCAGUCUGGCUUUAAGUCUUGCAAAUAUUGUACUUAUCGUUGCUUGGCAUAAAGAAUACUCGGGUAAUCCAGAUGAUCCUCUUGCACGUACCCGGGAUGUUGGACAACGGUGUAAUGGCGUUUGGGAUUUAGAUAUACUUUGGAGCGCAGCAAAGAGUAGUCUUUUGGCUAAACCGAAUGACGAAUCAGUCGAUACGUCCAAAUGCACCCGUGACCCAGCGCAUUCUGUUCAGAUGUUCUUGAUUGCUGGCGGUGUUCGAUUGAUCGUGUUUGUGGUAUUGUGUACCAUCUGGCUAAUAUGUUUGGCACGUUAUAAUGCAGCGCAAGAGCUAAGGUUGACCUCGAACGAAUCCAUCAACGAAAGUCCAGAGAUGCAUCUAUUAUUAGCCGAAGAAAAAGGUGGAUUACCGGAAAUGCCAACGCUGCAAAGUAUGCCUGGGAAAUAUCACGAUGAAGAUAUGGAUAUGGUGGCAUUUUACCAAGACGAAAACAAGUCUUCUCCACGGUAUUCUGGCUCGACAUGGAAUGAAAAAGGUGAUGGCUUAGUUCAUAUGCCAGAGUUCCCACGCAAUUCCAAUGCAACUCUUAUUGAACCUGCACCAAAACUCGGAAAGUUCCAAUGGCAACGUGGAGAAGCAUCGCAAAUGCAAAAAGAUGAUCAAAACGAUAUCCAUACAUAUGGAAACAUUGCGACACAUGACCGUGAAGAAAGUGCCGGAGGUUGGUCUACACACAUUAUGGACAGACUUUGGCAUGCUUUGUGGGGCAGCAGUCAUGAACAGAACGGUUCGAGUCAUGAACAUGCAAAUCGAGAUCCUUCACACGCAUUUCAAGCUGUCUCUAUCCAUGAAGAAGCUGAACUGCAACAUCCUCAUGCAUGGCAACAUGGCCGUGAAGAUACACGUUUAGGCGUUCGUGGAUGGUUUGGUAGAGACACAAGCGCUCAAAGUAGACCAUCAGAAGAUGAAGGAGAUGAGGAUGACUUAGGCGUUCGAACGAAUGUGUCUUAUCUAGAAACUCCACCAAUGCAUACACGUACAUCUUCGCAAGACAGACGAGCAGCACAAGGCAGACAUGAAGCAGCCAAAAAGGUGCACGAUAAGCAAGCUGACUCUGACAAUGGUGAUCGCUUCACUGCUGGCCCCAAUGCACAAAAUACUGCCCGACAAGCUGCUUAUCAGCGAUCUUUACGUCGUAAGCAAGAACAAAAGGAUCGAAUCGAAUUCUUGGCCAGUCUUGGCCGUGAAGAAGAUUUAGAGAAAGAGCCCUUUCAUCCACCAGCCUUGCCAACAAAAGAAGGUCGUAUGUCCGCAUCAACAAAUUCAUCUUACCGAGCCGGUCCGAGUCCAAACCGAGAGCAGAAGUCGCGAUCCACACAAUCUAAUGGUGAUCAACUACCUCACAUGCCAAAUCUACAAUCAACUCCACGAGCCAACGCACACGGAAUCGCAGCCGAAGAACGAUCAGAAGAAGAUGAUAUGAUUGAUGAAUCGAUAUUUUGGCAUUCUGCUCCUGUCGUUGAAAAGAAGCAAAGCAAUGCCCCUGUAUUUGUUCGUCAAUUAGGUAAACUCGUUCGACAAUUGAGUGCGAUCGAAAGCGUCGGAAGUGGCGGUGAACGAUCUCAACAGUAUUCCCGUACUUCUCGUGAACCAAGUUCUGCCAGUGGCAUUUAUUGAAUGGACAUUCUCUCUCUCUUCUCUCACACAUCUAUAUUUCUAUCUCAACUCAUUUUCUCAUCAUACAGGCUAUGCAUUG